CACAAUAUGUCCGGGAUAACUAAAUGACACGUAUGCGGGCUGUUAACUGAGAAAAUUUUCAAAUAGUUAAAAGGAAGUUAAGUUUUACUUUCAACUGUAGUUAUCCAUUAGUCUAUAGUUUUCAGAUAAGAACAUGUUAAAAAAAGAAAAAAAAGACGAAGAGGGAGGUUUGUUAAAUCCUUUUCAAAAUUUGGAUAAAAGUACAGUUCUUCAAGAGUCUCGAGUUUUUAAUGAAACACCGAUCAACACACGAAAAUGCAUUCAUAUUUUAUGCAAAGUUAUCUAUUUAAUAAAUCAGGGAGUGCAAUUUGGAACAACGGAAGCAACUGAAACAUUUUUUGCAAUGACAAAGUUGUUUCAAUCCAAAGAUAUUACAUUGCGACGAAUGUGCUACCUUGCUAUAAAAGAAUUAGCUAAUAUUGCUGAAGAUGUUAUUAUAGUUACAAGCAGCUUAACUAAAGACAUGACUGGUAAAGAAGACAUGUUUAGGGCAAGUGCCAUUAGAGCACUUUGCAAAAUAACAGAUUCUCAAAUGCUAACUGGUAUUGAAAGAUAUAUGAAACAAGCAAUUGUUGAUAGAAAUGCAUCAGUAUCGAGUGCUUCGCUUGUAUCAUCUUUACAUCUUCUAAAACCAAACUUUGAUGUUGUGAAGCGUUGGGUCAAUGAGGCACAAGAAGCAGUCAGUAAUGAUAAUGUUAUGGUUCAAUAUCAUGGUCUUGGAUUAUUGUACCAUGUGAAGCAGAAUGAUAAACUUGCUGUGUCUAAAUUAAUUACUAAAUUAUCCCGACAAACUCUAAAGUCUCCUUAUGCUUAUUGUUUGUUGGUGAGAAUAGCUGCAAAAUAUAUUGAUGAAGAUCCGGAAAGCACAGAAAAUGCAGCCUUAUAUGAUUUCUUAGAGAGUUGUUUGCGCCAAAAGAGCGAGUUGGUGAUUUAUGAAGCAGCUAGGGCUCUUGUUAAUUUAAAAAAUAUAAAAACUAAAGAUUUGCAACCUGCCGUAUCAGUUUUGCAGCUGUUUUUAAGUUCGCCAAGGCCAACAUUGCGUUUUGCUGCUGUUCGUACAUUAAAUAAAGUGGCUAUUUUGCAACCACAGUCUGUUAUGACAUGUAAUUUGGAUCUGGAAAAUUUAAUAACAGAUGUAAAUCGAAGUAUUGCAACACUGGCUAUAACUACAUUGCUUAAGACUGGAAGUGAAAACAGUGUUGAUAGGCUGAUGAAACAAAUUUCAUCUUUUAUGUCUGAGAUUUCUGAUGAAUUUAAAAUUGUUGUUGUAGAUGCUAUAAGAGCAUUAUGUUUGAAGUUCCCUAGAAAACAUUUGGUUAUGAUGACUUUUCUUUCUACUAUGCUAAGAGAGGAUGGAGGUUUCGACUAUAAGAAAGCUAUUGUAGAUGCAAUUGUAGCUAUUAUAGAAGAAAAUAGUGAUGCCAAGGAGUCUGGAUUAGGUCAUCUCUGCGAGUUUAUAGAAGAUUGUGAACAUACAUCUUUAUCUACAAAAAUUCUCUAUUUGUUAGGUCAAGAAGGACCAAGAACACCAUCACCAUCUAAAUAUAUUAGAUUUAUUUAUAAUCGUGUGAUAUUGGAAAAUGCUGAAGUUCGUGCUGCUGCUGUGACAUCAUUGGCAAAAUUUGGUGCACAUUGUGAUAGCUUACUACCAAGUAUUUUAGUGCUACUUUCAAGAUGCAUGAUGGAUACAGAUGAUGAAGUACGAGACCGUGCUGCAUUUUAUUAUCAUAUACUUAACAAACAAGAUAAGCAGUUAACAUCUGGUUACAUAUUAAACUCAUUAAAUGUAUCAGUUGUUGGUUUGGAACGAGCCUUAGCAGCAUACCUUAAGGAGCCAACAAGCACACCAUUUGAUAUGAAAAUUGUUCCAUUGACAACUGUACCUCUACAUGAGCAAAAGAGCAUUAAAACAACUGGCGAACCAACAGUUAAUACAGUUAUGCAAAGAGCUUCUGUUCAAACUGCUACACGACAAGAUGUUUAUGCCGAGCAACUCUCAGCUAUUCCUGAACUUGCUGUUUAUGGUCCAUUGUUUAAGUCUUCCCAGAAAGCACUGCAGUUGACUGAAAGUGAAACUGAAUACGUUGUCAGUUGUAUUAAGCAUACAUUUGCUAACCAUAUUGUUUUUCAGUUUAAUUGUACAAAUACAUUAAAUGAUCAAAUCCUUGAGAAUGUUACAGUGAAUAUGGAGACAAGUGACGAUGUUUCUGUUGUUGCUAUGAUACCAUGUAAGAAACUUGUUUAUGGAACUCCAGGAACUACUUAUACUUGUGUGCAGUAUUCAGAAGAUCUUUCAUCAGUAACAGCAUCAUUUACUUGUACUUUAAAGUUCAAUGUUAAAGAUUGUGACCCAAACACUGGAGAACCAGACGAUGACGAAGGUUAUGAUGAUGAAUAUGUGCUAGAAGACGUAGAGCUUGUUGUAGCUGACCAUGUUCAAGGAGUUGUAAGAACAAACUUUUCAGCAUCAUGGGAUGAGAUUGGAGAAGAUAAUCAAAAGGAGGAAACAUUUGCUCUUAGCGAAAUGACCAGUUUAGAAGAAGCCGUCACUAAAAUUAAUCAGUUUAUUGGUCUUCAACCGUGUGAACGUUCAGAUCGGAUAUCGACUGAUAAGAAUUCUCAUACGUUACUUCUAGCUGGGGUAUACCGAAAUGGUGUUGAUGUAUUGGUUCGUGCAAAAUUGAUUCUUCGAGAUGGAGUUCAGAUGCAUUUAAGUGUAAGAAGUACAGAUCCGAUCGUUUGCGAUGUAAUGAUUUCUGCUAUUGGCUGAUAAAUAUAAAAAAAUUAUUUUUUGACAACGAAUUUUCAGUCUAUUUUUA